GGGCCGGGCCUGCUGGGCACGCCCUUCGCCGCACGGGUCCUGGCCAGUGACCGUUGCCCAGCGCCAUGCUCUGCAGGUCCGGGUACCGAGCGCUGCCCUUGGGGGACUUUGACCGCUUCCAGCAGUCGAGCUUCGGCUUCCUGGGCUCGCAGAAGGGCUGCUUGUCCCCAGAACGGGGCGGUGCGGGGCCGGGGGCCGAUGUGCCCCAGAGUUGGGCCUCCUGCCUCUGCCAUGGUCUCAUCAGCGUCCUGGGCUUCUUGUUGCUCCUGCUCACCUUCCCCGUGUCUGGAUGGUUUGCCCUGAAGAUUGUGCCCACCUACGAGCGGAUGGUGGUGUUCCGGCUGGGCCGCAUCCGCACCCCCCAGGGGCCUGGCAUGGUCCUGCUCCUGCCCUUCAUUGACUCCUUCCAGAGGGUGGAUCUAAGGACUCGAGCCUUCAACGUGCCCCCCUGCAAGCUGGCCUCUAAGGAUGGGGCUGUGCUGUCCGUGGGGGCUGAUGUCCAGUUCCGCAUCUGGGACCCGGUGCUGUCAGUGAUGGCCGUGAAGGACCUGAACACAGCCACGCGCAUGACAGCCCAGAAUGCCAUGACCAAGGCCCUGCUGAAGAGGCCGCUUAGGGAGAUCCAGCAGGAGAAGCUCAAGAUCAGCGACCAGCUCCUGCUGGAGAUCAAUGACGUGACCAGGGCCUGGGGGCUGGAGGUGGACCGCGUGGAGCUGGCCGUGGAGGCCAUGCUCCAGCCACCCCAGGACAGCCCGGCCGGCUCCAGUCUGGACAGCACCCUCCAGCAAUUGGCCCUGCACUUCUUGGGAGGAGGCGUGUCCUCGGUGGCGGGAGGCGCCCUGACCCCAGGGCCAGCAUGCUGGCCCCCCACUCCUCCCCCAGCAGACACCCUGGAGAUGGUCAGCGAAGUGGAGCCGCCUGCGCCCCGCUGCAGUGCUGGGCCCAGCCCGAAGCCGCCGGUGGCCGAGGGGCUGCUGACCGCCCUGCAGCCCUUCCUGACCGAUGCCUUGGUCAGCCAGGUCGGCGCCUGCUACCAGUUCAACGUGGGCCUGCCCAGCGGCAGCCAGAGCACUUACUUCCUGGACCUCACUUCAGGUCAAGGGAAGGUAGGACAUGGGGUGCCUGAUGGCACCCCCGACGUGGUGGUGGAGCUGGCCGAGGCCGACCUGCGGGCCCUGCUGUGCAGGGAGCUGCGGCCCCUGGGGGCAUACAUGAGCGGGCGGCUGAAGGUGAAGGGUGACCUGGCUGUGGUCAUGAAGCUGGAGGCUGUCCUCAGGGCCAUGAAGUAGCAGCCUUGGCUGGCCUGAGCUGGGCACCAAGCCAGGGGGGCCUCUUGGAGGAAGUGGCAGGCCCUCGGAGAUUUGGGGCCCGCAGGCAUUUCCGGUGCAGCCAGGAGCCGUUGGCUGGAGGUGGGAGUCAGUGCCAGCCCCACCGUUCUGGACUGCAGUAGUGGUUCCCCGGAGGAGGUGUGCCUACCUCCCGAGCUGGCCACACAAUGAGGGUGCUAGGAGUGCUAGCCUUGCCCUGCACUGCUGGCGAGCUGGCUGGAGAGGCAGGACCACAGAGCCAGCCGGCCCGGGCCUGGCAGCAGUGUUUUACCCCUCUGGGAGGGACCAGCGGGCAAAGCUUGGGCUCUGCUUCCUGGGGGAGCCCCAAGGAGGGGCACAGAGAGGGCCUGACCUCCUGUGUGCAGGCCAGGCCCAGG